GUCCAGGAUCUUCAUUUAGGAGCUAUGCCCGGACACAGGUGCACUGUCUAUUUCGGAGGCCUUCGGUCCCCCACUUUAGGCCAACUAGCCAGGCGUGGUGCCAAAGAGAGAGAGGGUUGUGAGGAAGAAGGCGGCUGGAUAGUGCCAAGUAAGAAGUCAGUGGUUAGUGGGUGGGUCGGGCAUUUUUGCUCUGGACCCAGGACCCAGGCCAGAGCCAAGCUCUCUGUUUAUUGCCCAAGUCCUGGCAAUAGGCAUUGCCUGGGCCUUUGCCCUGGAGACUGGUGGUAUGCCAGUCACGGCAUAGUCCUGUGGUCUGCCCAAUUCUGCCCUGUUGAGUUGGCAGGCUAGCUGAUGCCUGGAGGAUGUGCAUGCUGCCUGGCACAGACGUCAUGUGGGCUGGUGCGAGUGGGUAGGUGGGCACUGUUCCUGUGAGCCCCCUUUUAAAGUGUGGUCUGAGAACGUUCUCGAAUCACACGGCCCCCCCCCCCUUCGAAGGAGGAUGGAGAGAGCCGUGGGAAGCCGUGCGACCGUGUGGUGCAGGGCAGGAUCUUAGCCAGUUUUGGGAACGGAGAGGAGAACGGAGGAGAAUAUGAAUAAGAGACACGUAGGCAGGCGCAGUUUUUCCGCCACUAAAAUGCACAUUCGCCUGGAAUGGUAAUUCUGAGAACGCAGAUCAAAAGAAAAGGACUUCAGAGAAAACCUACUAAUCCAUUUGUAAAAGCUGUGGUUUUAUGGCCGAUAAAGGUUCUACUUUCGAUGGCCUUACCACUUUAUUCUAAAUAAGCCUUUGCUUGGGCCUUCACCUCACACCUCUCCAUGCACGCAUGUCAUACACGUGACACAGCAUGUCGUACACGUGACACAUUUAAAGGGAGCGUGAGCUCGCUCUCAGGAAUGUUGCCAAGUAGCUGAAAAGGGGAGGGCUAAGAGCUGCGUUUCAGAUCGUUUUCCCGGAACCCUCUGGUCGCUUUGUAUCCCAAACUCCAAACUCCCCAGAGACAGUGGGUCACACCAGCUUUUAAUUCAGUUGAUGUACGUGUCCCAAUGGCUUCAUCUUAGAGUAGGGGGUAUGUUGGGCUAGACCUGAAAUUUAGAUCUUGAGGUGAUCCUGGUAUUUGGAAAUGCAGUCUUGACUGUCAAUACCUGAACUCCGGUGUUUUGACGACAGCGAAACUGCUUUGGCUUUCAGAGACGUCCAGACUGAGAUUUGUUAGAAUUUAUUAUUCUCUUGAGUACCUCACAAGUCUGUUGCAAAGAUGAAAACAAAAUAAAAACAGAACCAACAACUCUGAGGUUCUAGCGAUGAAUAGUGACGCUAAUUCAGGACUGAAAAAUGGAAGUAAGCCCCAGGUGCUGUGGAGUACUUCCGGGAAUGUCCCGUGCCAGUUGAUAUGAGCCUAUGUGCUGACUGAGCUCCCAGUUUGAAUUUUGCUGUAUACUGCUGGCGUUGACAACCUUUUGGAUAAUGUGUAACAAGUAUAUUCAAAUGAGGCCCAGUUAGGGUCGCUCUGCUGGGUGGGAGCAUCAGUUAGUCCUCAUGCGUAGAAAGCCGUAGUGGCUUCCCAUCUUUGUCGGGAAGCAGAGAGAUGAAGUGGCGGGUAAAGACCACCUAUUCCAUUUUCAAAUGCUUUUCAGAAAGCUUCCACUGAAUGUGGUUUGUGUGCCUUGAAUUCACAAUGGAAGCAGAGGGCAGCAAGGGGAUGGUGAACCUCCAUUCGGGUGGAAACCUUUCUGAUUAGUAAACUUGAAGCUUGGUCAGCCGAGACCACAGGAGGUACUCCUACAGUGGAGCAGUCCAUAUGCGAAGAUCGCCUGUGGUCCAGCUCCCGGCACACUGACCAUGGAGAGGAAAAUGCCAUCCAGAGAGAGCCCUCGAAGGCUCUCUGCCAAGCCAGGCCGAGGCCCAGAGGUGAAAAGAGUAGCUCGACCACUCGGCGUGGUGGCUGCCGACUCAGACAAGGACUCUGGCUUUUCAGAUGGGAGCUCAGAGUGCUUGAGCUCUGCAGAGCAGAUGGAAUCAGAGGACGUGCUGAGCGCCUCGGGCUGGAGCAGAGAGGACAGGCUGCAGCCCAACUCCAGAGCUGCAAACAAUGCCUUCCCCGCGCUGUCCCCGAUGGUGGUCAUGAAGAAUGUGCUGGUCAAGCAGGGCAGCAGCUCAUCCCAGCUCCAGUCCUGGACUGUCCAGCCCUCCUUUGAAGUGAUCUCAGCACAGCCACAGCUCUUUGUCCUUCACCCGCCGGUGCCAUCUCCUGUCAGCCCCUGCCAUACUGGGGAGAAAAAGUCAGAUUCCAGAAACUACUUGCCCAUUCUCAAUUCUUACACCAAAAUAGCCCCUCACCCAGGCAAAAGGAGUCUCUCCCUCAGCUCGGAAGAAAGAGGAGCGAGUGGGGUGCCAAAGAAAAUCUGUAAGGAGAGACUGGGACCAGCCCUGUCUUCCAGCGAGCCAGCCAAGACUGGCCCUGCGCUCCCCAGCCCUUCCCCUCCAGCCCCACCCAGCUCCAAACUCACCGAGGACUCAGCGCUGCAAGGAGUGCCCUCCCUGGGGGCCGGUGGGAGCCCACAGACUCUUCAGCCCGUGUCCAGUAGUCACGUGGCUAAAGCUCCCAGUCUGACCUUCGCUUCGCCCGCCAGUCCUGUGUGUGCGUCCGACAGCACUCUGCAUGGCCUGGAGAGCAGCUCCCCUCUUUCGCCGCUCUCAGCCAGUUACAGCUCACCGCUCUGGGCAGCAGAGCAGCUCUGCCGCAGCCCAGACAUCUUUUCAGAGCAGAGGCAGAGCAAGCACAGGCGCUUCCAGAAUACCUUAGUGGUCCUCCACAAGUCUGGUUUGCUGGAAAUUACUUUGAAAACCAAGGAGUUGAUUCGUCAAAACCAAGCAACUCAGGUGGAACUAGACCAGCUGAAGGAGCAAACUCAGAUGUUUAUAGAGGCCACCAAGAGCAGGGCUCCUCAGGCGUGGGCCAAGUUGCAGGCCUCACUAACAUCUGGAUCCAGUCAUUCAGGCAGCGAUCUAGAAGCAUUGUCUGAUCACCCAGUCAUCUAGCACAGAAGCGUUUUCCAGUUACUUGGGUGGUUCUUUUACACUCUAUUUCCACUUGUUUUCCACAGCCUGUUUAAGAGCUUUCUUUCUAAAUUCACUCACAAAGCCACGUGCCAGUCCCUGGCUGCCGUCUUAAUCUGUAGUUCACGCACAGGUUAAGUGCAUCUAUGUUCUCUGAAGACCUCCAAUUGGAGUGUCUCUGAGUCCCCUUUCCUUAGCCUGUGGCACUUAGCUGGAUCUUGGGACAAAGGCGAGAUAACUAUGGGUGUCUCCCAGCUUCCCACUCACUGUCCAUGGUUCAAGGUCCAGUGACAUAGAUGAGUGUACAGAAUGACACCUGUCAAACCAAGGACUCGGUGACCUAAGGAGCCCUUCACGGCCCGCCCUCAAGUAUCUUACUCACAGAGAAAAAUAUGAGGCUGUGUUUAAAUUCUACCAGGCAUUGUGCCAGUUGGGCGAAACCUAAAAUGCUUUGGGCACAGGUUGUGCCAGGGUGCAAGCAUUUAAUCACACGAGGCUUUGUUUCUUACACUUGUAAGUUGUGGGAGAAAGGGCAGAGCAUCUGAUUCACACACAUUGGUCAUACAUCAGAUCUCACACAAGUAGGCAUAUACUUCAGAUUUUUAAAAUAUAGACUGGAUUUAGUACCCUCUGGAAUUGUAUUUGAUGAAUUGCUUCUUUGAUUAAAGGGUCAGAGAAGGCAGCAUUUUUUUGUCACUAGCUGGAAGAUUUUGUUAGUUCAUGCUUGAAAUAGCACAACCUGUCUUACAUCUAAAAAGCCUGAGACAGGACUGCAAGAUGGCUCAGUGAGUAAAGGCGCUUGCUGCCAAGACGGCUGAGCUGAAUUUGAUUCCCUGAACCUACAGGGUAGAAGGAGGGAACCGACUGCUGCAGUUUGUCCAUCACACAUGCACACACACGCUAGAUAAGAAAUGAAUAUAAAAUUAAACAAGCCACCAUCAACAUUAGCAAUCAGAAGCUUGAGAUGGCUUCGGUGGGUCCUCAGGGUCUGGUGCAAGUGACCCUCUGCUGUCUCUUGUCUGUGCCUCACCCAGCUCUUUCUGUGGGGAAAAGUGACUGUGCUUUUAAACUCUGAAUUAAGUAAAGCCCUGAGGUUAGAAGAAGGCACAAAAGUCAGAGAGGAUCCUUCCCUGUCCUCACGUCUGUGGUGAUGGGGAGCAGUGUGGCUGCCUUGUGUCUUGUGUUAGCUGAAGUGUGUUCCUCCUCUCAGAGGCUGACCUUAGGGAUGGAGACUCUGAGGGUCCAGAUGACACAUUCUUCCCAGCUCCCCUGUGCUUGUAACCAUAGCCUAAACAGUAACGAGUCAAGGGAUUCUAUCCUCUUGCUUAAAAUUUUUAUCCCCUUAAAAAUCUUUGUCCUUCUCAAAUUGGUUUUAUGACCAGCAUCAUCUUUCUGCACAGAGAAAGAUGCUCAUGGGGCUAUACUAGAUCCAGGGUUAAGGGUCAUAGGAUUUUUUGUUUGUUUGUUUGUUUGUUUUUUAAGAUUUAUUUAUUUAUUAUGUAUACAAUGUUCCUCCUGCCUGUACACCUGCACACCAGAAGAAGGCACCAGAUCUCAUUACAGAUGGUUGUGAGUCACCAUGUGGUUGCUGGAAAUUGAACUCAGGACCUCUGGAAGAACAGCCAGUGCUCUUGACCUCUGAGCCAUCUCUCCAACCCAUGAGUUACAGUUUUUAAGGAGUUGGUUGUAAGACUCAGGUUAACUCUACUGUGUUCAUAUAGACAUAUGAUUUGGAUAUGACUAGUUAAAAAAUAAUCAACUUGGUAAAAUCUCUUUACUCUCUGAUCAGUGCAGAAUCAUUACCUGCUGUUUGUGCUCUGAAAGAGUUUCCAAAAUCAGAGCCCGUGUCUCUGGGCAAACUCAGCUCCUUGUGAUAUGCCUCCCCACAAUCUGUAUGGUAUCAUAGCCACUCCACUAGGAAGCUUCCUUUUUGGCAGAAUGUCUGGCAGGAAAACUGUAGAGACAGGUGCAUUCAGAACAGCCUGGGCACCAGCAGCGAGUUUUACCGAGCGUCAGAAGGCUGGAAGCACUUGCUGAGAACCAAAUGUACUCCACUGGAAAAGCCCUCAGUGGAGCUAAGCCUCUUGGACUCUUGCUCCUAGAUAUGGCUUUUCAUGUCCCUUCCUAUCUUCAUAAGACGAUGAAAGCCACCAUAGAUCUUCAGAGUUCGGUGGCAGGGAGGGUUACCGCUCCUCUGUGAUCUUAGAGCCAUAUCUGCAAGUCUCUAGGCUGUGUUCUGUUCCUGGUGGAGCUGGAAGCAGAUGGACGCUAGUAGAGAAGCUAGAUCUUAGAAGGAGCGAGCCUUUGAGGUCAGAGGCUAGACCAGCGUUUGGAGGAAGCCUGGAGUGGACCGGGAAGAUCUUUGUUGGUGGCCCAAAGCUGUAAGUAGCAACAGCCCCCAGUGGUGCAUGCUGUAGGUCUUGAUGAAGCGUUGUGCAGGGCUGUUGUUUUCCCAAGGGGAGAAGUCAGUUUUCACUCAGGCCAGCCCAUAGAAGAACCUUUGUUGGGUUGUAUUGACAAUAUUGGAACACAUUUAGAAAGGUUCCUGAUUGAAUUAGGUAUAGAAUUUACCAUCGUCUGUAAUUUACUACAUUGUUUUAUGGAUUAUAGCAUCAUCUGACUUCUCUGGUGUGAUUCCUCAGCACACAGUUACUCUUGCACAUAUACUGAAGUGGCUUUUCAGCCACAACCUCCUUAGGGUAUAGACUUUACCAAAUGUGAAUCUUUUCAGAGCGUGUGAAGUUAUAUAGAGACUGACUGUGAAAUGUCAGAGGAAAAAAAUAAAAGUCACUUACUUGAAAACUAUUUGCUUUGUAACUGCUUGAAACUUCCAAGUACGGGGCAUGUAGCCCUUGGUAUUGGUAGAGUGCGUGCCCAGUGUGUGUGUGAGGCCUGGGCUGCACCGUAGCACCUCUGCCUUCCCAGACACUCCUUCAUAACAACCUUUCCUCUAGGGUGAUUGUGGAUUGCUACAAGU